AUGUUCAACGUGCUGCUGCGGGACUCAUCGUAUCGGAAGGGAUUCUCGUCACGCGUCAAGGAAUGGCCAAACGCGCCGGGAAUCUGGAAUGAGGAACAUGUCAUUGGAUGGAAAAAGAUCGUGGAUGCUGUCCAUAAAGCGGGGGGCAAGAUCUAUGCGCAGCUCUGGCAUAGUACGUCUGCGGCGAUUUCUCUUUCAAAGUCGAGGUUGAUCAUCGCCACAACCGGACGCGUCUCACAUCCGCAAGCAGCAGAACAAAUACCCUCAGAAGAAUUUAUGCUCCUUCCCCGCGAUAUCGCAGCUCGUGGAGGUAAAUUUCGGCACAUCGAAGGGACACCAGGUUAUAUUACACCAAGGGCGAUCAAAGAUCCAUGGACACUCAUCGAGCGCUUCAAACACGCUGCCAUCAAUGCAAAGCAGGCGGGCUUCAACGGCGUGGAACUUCAUGGUGGGAACGGAUGCUUAAUUAUGCAGUUCCUAGACACAGGAUCAAACAAACGCGAAGAUCAGUGGGGUGGAAGUGUCGCGAAUCGGUGUCGGUUCGGGUUAGAGGUCCUGAAGGUCCUAGUGGAGGUCUUUGGACGUAAUGUCGCCGUCAAACUUAGCCCGGCUGGAGGCUACAACGACGUGGGUAUGCCUCUUCAAGAGACAGUCGAUACGUACUCGAAUUUUAUUUCAGAAGCGGACAAGAUGAACAUCGCGUACAUCACGCUCGUACGUUACUCGCCGAAGUCCGAUCCCGUGUACGAUGGUGUCUCCCACGCCACAAAACAUGACAUUGUUGGCACCUAUCGGCCGUUGAUCAAGAACACGAAAGUGUUCGUCAACUCAGGUGUGACACCAGAGGAAGGCGACCGCCUCGUCAGGGACGGAAAAACGGAUGGCAUCUUUAUUGGCUUCGAUUGGAUAGCUCAUCCCGAUCUCGUGAAGCGCAUCGAGGACGGAAACCCUCUGGACAACAAAACCGACGUCGCACAUAUAGGCCCAAGGAAAGAUGAGCUGGACUGGAGUAGAGGCUACACAGACUACCCCGUCGCUACUUGA